AUCACGCGAGAUUAUGACGCUAUACACGCGGAAACUGUUUAUUUUAGCAGCGGUUGUUCAGGGUUUAGCUUCGAUUCUUUAAGAUUUUUCUACUUCAGGCGUAGUUAUCAGAUUUUACAUCUUUAUUCGAGUCGGCCAGGAUGGGAAAAGCUGAUUUUCUCUCCCCGAAGGCCAUAGCCAACCGAAUAAAGUCUAAAGGUCUUCAGAAAUUGAGAUGGUAUUGCCAGAUGUGUCAGAAACAGUGUCGAGAUGAGGUGAGAUGUUCGUUUAAAUCACAUUAUUCCAUUCACCUGUGUUGUCUUUUUAGUAUUUUAAGCUUAUUUCUGCCUCUGUUUGUUGACAGAAUGGUUUUAAAUGUCACUGCAUGUCAGAGUCUCACCAGAGGCAGCUGCUGUUGGCCUCAGAGGACCCAAACAAGUUCAUGGACUAUUUCUCUGAGUGAGUUGGAGUCAUUUAUUUUACAUUUAAUGAAGAAAGAACAUCUCAUUCUUACAUUUUUGUUUCUUUUCUUCUAGUGAGUUCAAAAGUGACUUCUUGGAGCUGCUCAGGAGACGUUUUGGUGAGUCCCACUUCUUAAAAACUUUCCACACUUAUAGCCUUUAAACUGUGUUCACACCAUAUGACUCUAUAUAGAAAAGUAUAGACAGUCUGUGGUUCUCACCUGUGUUUCUGUUUACCUCUGCAGGGACUAAACGCGUGCACAACAACAUCGUCUACAAUGAGUACAUCAGCGACAGAGAGCACGUCCACAUGAACUCCACACAGUGGGAGACCCUGACUGACUUCACCAAGUGGCUCGGAAGAGAAGGUGGAUUUCCAGACACUAGAGAUGAAUAACUGAACAGAUAUCGAUUGAUAGAUGCUGUAUUGAUUCUGAGGGAGAUUCAGAUGUCUAACAGCUUACAAAACACGUCACGUGACAGAUUGGCCAACAUCAACUUCAAUAUUAAUGGGCUGAAAUUUAGUCUUUGAAAACAUUUAAACAAAAACUGCUGAAUAAUUUCUAUUGAUUUUUUCAUCAAUCAUCCAGAAAUUCAGAUUAAAUCUUUUCAAGAGUCAAAACUGAAUCUGCAAAAAAAAUAUUGACUAUUACAAUACAAGUCUUAAAUGAUACAUAAAGUAAGAUUAAAAAGAGAAAAAUUUCAUUUGUACUUAACGAUUCUUUUUAAAUCUUAUAAAAGUAAACCUGUACAAAAUUUAGUUUUUUUAACUUUUUAACUCCUCCCUCAGAGACUCUGACAUCCUCAGUCAGUAGUCCUUACCUGGACUCUGCUCACUGUUUUACAUGAAUACAAUGUUACUAUUUGUGUUGUUUAUAGUUUAAAUACUUGUAUAUUAUCUCUAUAUUUUAACUUAUUUUAUCUAUAUUAUCUAUUAUUUAUCUCCUCUUUCACUGUAUUUGCACUGGAGUACUGUGAAAUAAGCAAUUUCCCCCUGGGGAUUAUUAAAAUGUUUUUUUAUUCUUAUUCUGAACAUUAAAACCCACACCAGCAUUUUAUUCAACCUGUGUAAUACUGGAAUUUAACAUGUAAAAACCUGAAUUUAAAACUGCAAAAAUUUACAGUUGACAUUUUAUAGGUUCAAAUUUUAAAGUUAAGUCUUUGCCAAUAAAUAACUAUUACCUGGUGUUUCUGAGGUGUCUAAUUCUGCUGGAUGUUCCUGAUAGGUUUCUGUAAGGUCGACGAGACUCCCAAAGGCUGGUACGUCCAGUACAUCGACCGCGACCCCGAGACCAUCCGCAAACAGGAGGAGCAGGCGAGGAAGAAGAAGCAGGAACUGGACGACGAGGAGCGGAGCGCCAAGUUUAUCGAAGAGCAGGUCCGCAGAGGCCGAGACAGCAAGGAGCCGGAGGUGAGUUUGGGCUAAAAGACAGUCUGAGGCUUUGCUCAAGUUGGUCAAAAGGACUUCAACCAUGCCUUCCCUUUAAUUAUGUUUUAUCCUGUAGGAGACUCCACAGUACACUGAGCUUAAACGAGAGAGUGAGGAAGAAAAAGGUGAGUAUUUCUGUGAUUUGAAUUAUGAUCAGUCCUCUUAAAACAAACUAAAAUAGAGCGUCCUGUUCUACUGUUCUUCUGCAGUUGCGUUCUCCCUUGGUGCUUCUGCUUGUGUAGCCGGUCCCUCCAAAUCCAGGUACAGAUGAGCGUUUGGUUAAUUCUGAUUAUUACACUGGAACUCUUUGAGUAGUCUGUCUGAGGUUGUUUGUGUCUCCUUGUAGUUCAGCCCUGGGGGCCAGCGCUCUCAAAGCAGCAGCAUCCUCCACCAAGAGGAAAGACCCGUCCUCAGGGUCGGACUUCAGGGCGGAGAAGAAAAAGAAAUCUGCUCUGGAGGAGAUCAAGGAGGUAGAGAUGAUUAUUGUUUUGUCAUUUUUGAUUUGUGGUUGAUUUCACAAUUAUUCUGUACUGAGAUUAAAUUUAUCUUCUUUAGAUGGAGGAGAAAAGGAGGAAGAAGCAGUCAGUCAGGACAGAUUACUGGCUGCAGCCCAACAUUGUGGUCAAAGUCGUCACCAAGAGGCUUGGGGAGAAAUACCAUAAGAAGAAGGCUGUUGUCAUGGUAACAUGGUUUUGUUUAAUAUGAUUAAUGUGUGGUAAAAGAUCGAUUUUUGUCACUAACAGUGGAGGAUUCCUUUUUUUGUAGGAGGUAAGAGACAAAUAUGGAGCGGUGGUGAAGAUGAUCGACUCUGGUGACAAACUGAAACUGGACCAGAAUCACGUGGAGACGGUCAUACCUGCUCCAGGUGAGCCACCAAACCACAUCAACUCUAAGAGUCUACAGGAAAACAUGACAGAUGAUGAAACAUGGUCUUUGAACAUCUUCAUGUUUGGUGUCUCUCCCUGCAGGUAAACAAGUUUUGGUCCUGAACGGUCUUUACAGAGACACAGAGGCUGUGCUGGAGGGGAUAGACGAGAAAAACUUCUGCGCUUCACUCAUGCUAGACUCCGUAAGUACUUUAAAGCUCCAGGUUACCGUAUUACUGCAGGUACAAAAUUGAAUACCUUUACUUUACUUGCCAGCUUUUAGUUGGUCCUCAGGUUAGGCUGUAAAGUUGACUUGAGAGGCUGUAACAUCAAACACUCUCAAGAAAAGUUAGGAUCUACAUUCACACCUUUCCUGUGACCUCAAUACUUUGACAUAAAGUCAAGACUCGUGGCAGAUAAAGCAAAAAUCGUACUGUUACGUGCACAUGCUAAUACUGGUAUAUGAGUAUGUAUUUAUUGACAUAAGUGAGCUAACCCUGUACAUGGACAAAAUUUUGAAAAGAGAAAAUCUGACCAAAUAAAGCUGUUGUAAAAAUCUUCAUAAAAUUUUUUGUUCUAAAGAUUUAUUUUCAGGCCUUUUACCUUUAUUUGGAGAAGACAGAAUUUGAGGAUUUCAACAUGCAUAGUACAUAAUAUCUUUGGAAUAUCUGGAAAAAUCCCUACAAAAGGGACGGAGCCAAAAACUAAAGCUAGACAGCAGUGAUCUUCAGGCCCUCAGGUGGCUCUGCAGUCAUGACUCUGUAGUGGAGAUCACCACAUGGGCUCAAAAUCACUUCCAACAUGUCUGUGCUGCAACUACAAAUGCAAGCAAAAUGGAAAACCAUGGUCCAAUGGCUCAAAAUUGGAGUUUGCUCUUUUGAAACACUUUGAAAAUUGGUCUCCUUGGUUCCCAGACAAUGACCUAAAAUGAGCUUAUAUUUUCAUGAUUCGGUUUUUGCACAAUGUUCUUGGAAAUGUGGGGUUUAAAUGAUAUGCAAACCAUCAUACUUUGUUUCAUUGACAUCUUACAAAGUACACCUUCUGUCAUGUUCAGGGUCAGCACAAGGGCAAAAGAGUGGACGUGGCCUAUGAGGACUUCUCGAAACUGGCCUAAACCCAAAUCUUUCAGUUUUAAUCUCAGGCAGCCGCUCGGCUGAGAGACUCUACUGUGUCAGAGUUUACCUUUCUUUUACUCACCUGUACAUAAACAUAUCCCACAAUGCUACACCAGCAAGAGAAACUCAGAGAGCAAUGUGUUCAACUUGUUUUUUAUUUUGUAUUAAUGUUCAAGUUGAUCCUAAAUUUGCAGAUGUACAUUUUCUCCGAAUAAAUGUUAUCAAAAGUGA